AUGGAGAUCAAAGAACACAUGUACGUGCUGGCAACGAUGGUCCCGAGACUUGAAAGAGAGUACACAGUAACGUACACACCGGCAGCCGACACCGCCAGUUCCAUACCAGGGGAAUUAUUUGUGAAAGUCAAGAAUACAUCUGCAAUUCCCCUCCGAGCUGCGUACCUUCAUGGCCCAUAUACCCUCUAUACGUCCUGCUACCCAUCCACGUUCGACCCAAAUGUCAAACUCGAUCAGCAAGCCACCGAAGGCAUUCCGCAGUUUGAACCUUAUCUCAAAGCUGGGGGCAGUUGGAAUGCCGUCAUCACCGUGCCCCGGCGUCUUCGUCAAAAGCCAGAGGUCGCUUCCGCCGAGCCCCAAAGUCACCAGAAAGUAACGUGGAUCAUAGAGAUUGUAUCCCAAGUGAUAUUUUCGAGUACUGCAUCCGUCAAUUUUGAGCUUUUGGUGGGCCGCGACCAAAAAUCAGUGGAGCUAUAUUCCUCUAGUGCCGCGUCGACCACCGGGUUCCAAGCAGCUCAACUAAGUGACCACUGGUUACCGAAUGCGAAAGGCAAGCAAGUGUUUGCUACAAACGGGGUGUAUUCCAGAUCUAUAACGUUGCAGAUAGAUGAUACUGUGAGUCUCUGGAACACGCCCGCCUUUCCUUCGUCCGACAAAAGCUGCGGGGCGGAAAAGGAUAAAGGGCCAAGCGAAGACAGUCCAACAAACAAUGACGAAGCGUCGACGAGACCCAGCGAGCCAGUUAAUCAGUCGCAUAACAACAGGCGUAAAAAGAAAAUACACCUUGUGGUUCUGACCCAUGGCCUACAUAGCAACCUUGGUGCUGACAUGCUUUAUCUUAAGGAGAGCAUUGAUACUGCAGCCAGAAAAGCUAAGGAACAAGCCUAUAAUGCUCGUCAAAAACAUAAAAGCGAACAGAGCAGCAACCAUGAUGCUGAUGCUGAUGCUGAUGAUGCUGAUGAUGCUGAUGAUGCUGAUGAUGCUGAUGAUGCUGAUGAUGCUGAUGAUGCUGAUGAUGCUGAUGAUGAUGAUGAUGAUGAUGAUGAUGAUGACGACGACGACGACGAUGAGCAAGUCAUUGUUAGAGGAUUUCCUGGCAAUGCAGUCCGUACGGAACGCGGGAUUCAGUAUCUUGGCAAGCGUCUCGCCAAAUAUGUCUUGCUAAUGACAUAUCCAGACCAGCCUUGCAACCCUUAUCACAAUGCAAAGGCCAAAACCCUACCAAAAUCUCUCGCCCCCUGGAGGAACGCGGCGGCGGAGUUUCCUAAGGACCAUACGGCUUCUGUGCCAGGGCCAACCGGAGGGGGUCAUGCCUAUCGAGUCACUAGCAUCAGCUUUAUCGGCCAUUCUCUCGGCGGACUCAUUCAGACAUAUGCCAUAGCAUACAUUCAGAAACAUUCUCCUGAAUUCUUUGAUGUGGUUAGGCCCGUUAACUUCAUCGCCUUAGCGACACCUUUUCUCGGUUUGAGUAACGAAAACCCUAUGUACAUCCGCUUUGCCUUAGACUUAGGUCUGGUUGGUCGGACGGGCCAGGAUCUAGGACUUAGUUGGACAGCGCCUCGAGUGAGAAGUGGCUGGGAAUCUAUAAUUGGUGGGAAAGGCAAUUCCUCUAAACAACAAGGACAAUCAGAUGCUGGAUCAAAACCUCUAUUGAGAAUCCUUCCCUGUGGUCCUGCACAUGAAGUUCUCGCCAAAUUCCAGCAUCGUACAGUCUACUCUAAUGUGGUCAAUGAUGGCAUUGUACCUUUGAGGACUUCUUGUCUUCUUUUCCUCGACUGGAGAGGAUUAGAACGAGUUGAAAAGGCGCGGAGAGAAAAUGGGAUAGGACCGCCGUCUCCUUGUGCACCUACUCAUGAAUCAUAUGCCGAUAGUCAACCGUCUGAAGAGUAUGGGCUUUAUGCGCCGCCAAAGACGACCCUCUUUGAGUCAGCCAGUGAUCUUCUCAUGCCACCCCUUCCGCCUAUUGAAUUUAUAAUUGAUCCUACUUCAAGACCUCGAACUAUUUUCCAUGACCGGGUCUAUAGCCCUGAGGACAUACCUCCCCCCUUGACUCCUAAGAGACGAACCUUAACCUUUGGUUCUUCCCAAAGUAAGGUCUCGAAAACAGGGCCAUUUUCAUCGGAUGAAUCUCCACAUCGUGGCUCAAACGAGAGCGAGAGUGGGCUCAAAGUCGAAGAGAAGAUCGCCAGGGCUUAUCACCGUGACUUAACGUGGCGAAAAGUUCUCGUUCGCCUUGAACCAGAUGCACACAACAAUAUCAUUGUUCGACGAAUGUUCACGAACGCGUAUGGCUGGCCCGUGGUAAAGCAUCUUGUUGAUACUCACUUUGGGUAUACAUCUGCGGCCCAAUCUAAAGAUGAUUCCGCGAAAAGGGUGGAAAGGGCAAUGCCACCCGCAGUCCCAACAAAUAGCUUAGGUGAAGAAGUGCAAGGACAAGUUGAACACCUAUAG